AGCCAUGGCAGCAGCUCGUGCUUUGAUUUGAAGUUGUCAGUUUCAUCACGGUGGAGUCAUUAAUGACACCUCAGCCAUAUUUCUAAAGGUGAGGAGACAGUAUGGAUGCAUGGGGGCUGCUAUCCGUGCAGCCACCAGUCCCCAUCACACAGGAAGCACUGAGAGUCAGAAAUGCUCGACUGAUCCAGGUGGGCUGUCGGUGCUCCAGCAGCUCGGUCUGGACCAGAAUUCCGACUUCUCAGACACCAGUGUGCAGCAGCGUCUGGAUGAGCAUCGUGAGAGGAUCCGCAGGGAGAUCCGCAAGGAGCUAAAGAUCAAGGAGGGUGCGGAGAAUCUGCGCAGGGCCACCACUGACAAGAGGAAUGCACAGCAGGUGGAGUCACAGAUUCGUAGCUCCAAGCGUAAGCUGGAGUCCCUCCACUCUCAGCUGCAGGAGCUGGAUGCACACAUAGUGGUCAAAGGCCAUGAUGACAACAAAGAUGACCCCACGUCUCCAGGGUCGCUCAAUCGGCCAUCUGCCAGUGAGCACCGCAUUGCAGCUUUGGAGCGACAACUAAACAUUGAACUGAAGGUCAAACAGGGGGCAGAGAACAUGAUUCCCAUCUACGCCAAUGGAUCCGCCAAGGACAAGAAGCUUCUCCAGACGGCUCAGCAGAUGCUGCAGGACAGCAAGACCAAGAUUGACAUCAUCCGCAUGCAGAUCCGAAAGGCCAUGCAGGCCACAGAGCAGUCUGAGGACAACCAAUGUAAGCCGGACAUGUGUGGAGUGGAGCUACGUGUGGAGGAGCUGUGGCAUCACUACCGUGUGGAGCACGCCAUGGCUGAGGGAGCCAAGAACAUGUUACGACUGCUGGGUGCAGGAAAGGUCCAGGACAAAAAGGCCAUGGCUGAGGCACAGUGUGGUCUGGGCGAAGCAACCCAGCGUCUGGACCUGCUCAAGUGUUCUCUGGAGCAGAGGCUGGUGGAGCUCCCCGAGGAUCAUCCCAAGGCCUGCCUCAUCAAGGAGGAGCUGGUGCUGGCAUCCUCCUCAGCUUUCAGCUCCCGCCACAGCACCCCCUAUGUCCAUAACCAGUACAGCACUCUGAGCAAACCAUCGCCACUCACAGGUACUCUUGAGGUGCGUCUUCUAGGCUGUGUGGGGUUGCUGGAGGUCGUCCCAGGGCGGAACAGAGCAAACCCGAUGGUUCUUCCCUCUUACUCUUCAGGAGAUGGACGUCCCUCCUUCAAACUGAGCGGCCUCUACAGCCGCAGCACCAGCAGCAUGAGCCUCAAGAUCCCCGGCAAGAAUGAUGAGCUCUCCUCGGAAGUGAGCGCAGUGCUGAAGCUGGAGAACACGGUGGUGGGUCAGACAGUUUGGAGAACGGUUGGAGAGCAGGCCUGGGACCAAAGCUUCACUGUGGAGCUGGAGAGAUCCAGGGAGAUGGAGAUCGCGGUGUACUGGAGAGAUUACCGCUCCGUGUGCGCUCUGAAGUACCUGAAGCUGGAAGAGUUCCUGGACAACCAAAAACACAGAGUCCAGCUGGAACUGGAGCCACAGGGGCUGCUGCUGGCCGAGGUGAUGUUCUUCAACCCAAUAAUAGAGAGAGGCCGAAGACUCCAGAGACAGAAGAAAGUCUUCUCUAAACAGCAUGGUAAAGCCUUCCUGCGCGCUCGUCAGAUGAACGUGGACAUCGCCACCUGGGUCCGGCUGCUGAGGAACGCCAUCCCCAGUGGAAGCAACACACCUGCUUACACACCCAAUUUCUCGAGCAACACGCUCACACACACACACAGCUCUGGAGAAAUCUCAGUGGAGAAGUUGAGUCUGGACAGCGACGCUCCCGCCAAACCUGAGAUCAGGAGAGACGUGGUGGAUGCUCCGGCUCCGGAACAGACGCCGGUCAUUGAACCCCCGUCCACGCCGGAUGUCACUGUUCACCCACAGCCAACCAGAACGCAGUCACAAAAUUCUAUACGCAGACCCAGCAGCGGCCCUCUGUGUCUGCAGGACUUCAAGCUGAUAGCAGUGCUCGGCAGGGGGCACUUUGGGAAGGUAUUGCUAUCUGAGUACAAAAAGACUGGCAGCCUGUAUGCCAUCAAAGCCCUGAAGAAGGGAGACAUAGUCGCACGGGAUGAAGUGGAAAGUCUGAUGUGUGAGAAGCGGAUCUUUGAGACCGUCAACGACUCCCACCACCCUUUCCUGGUCAACCUGUUUGCAUGUUUCCAGACGCCAGAACAUGUGUGUUUUGUCAUGGAGUACACGGCAGGAGGAGACCUCAUGAUGCACAUACAUGCCGACGUCUUUUCUGAGCCACGCGCUGUGUUCUACUCAGCUUGUGUGGUUUUGGGUCUGCAGUUCCUUCAUGACCAUAAGAUUGUGUAUCGGGAUCUGAAAUUGGACAACCUGCUGCUUGAUACUGAUGGUUUUGUGAAGAUAGCAGACUUUGGGCUCUGUAAAGAAGGGAUGGGUUUUGGGGACCGGACCAGUACGUUCUGCGGGACCCCUGAGUUUCUGGCCCCAGAGGUGCUGACGGACACAUCAUACACCAGAGCAGUCGACUGGUGGGGGCUUGGAGUGCUCGUCUAUGAGAUGUUGGUUGGAGAGUCUCCAUUCCCAGGUGAUGAUGAGGAGGAGGUUUUCGACAGCAUUGUGAACGAUGAAGUACGCUACCCUCGAUUCCUCUCCACCGAGGCUAUUGGCAUCAUGCGACGGUUGUUGAGAAGGAAUCCUGAAAGACGUCUUGGUUCUGGAGAAAAGGAUGCUGAAGAGGUCAAAAAACAACCUUUCUUCAGAAAUACGGACUGGGAGGCCCUCCUCCAGAGGAAGAGCCCUCCGCCAUUCGUCCCGUGCAUCGGAGGAAAAGAAGAUGUCAGCAACUUUGACGUGGAGUUCACAGCCGAGCGUCCUGCCCUCACUCCACCCCGUGAGCGCCGCACCCUCUCCCGCAGGGAACAGGACUACUUCAAGGAUUUUGACUACGUCUCCGACCUCUGCUAGGGUCUGGGGUCAGGGGUCAAAGGAUUAUUAGCUGCCCACUGCCAGCCACAAACUCUGAACGGAGGCCGGGAAGUUAAAACUUACUUCGGGAUCUCUGCGUGUCUGCAAUGGGAUGAAGGCCUGGCUGGGCAUGUGUGAUCAAGGAUCAGUAGAAUCUGAUCGUGUGUCGCACACAUACACAGUGUCAUGGAUCUGCUGACCUUUAGACUAUCUGGAGUGGCUUUUAGAAGAGGGGAAAGUGGUGAUGAUAAUGGAAGAUAAUCCAGAUUAUGUUACAAAUGUAAAAUGAGAUGAUGGAUCCUCCUGUGUGUUCUGCCUGGUAACAGAGUGAAGCAUAUUAAGACUCAGCAAUUGCACUGAGAUGCUCAGAGAGCCUAAAAAUCGCAGAGUCAAAGGGUGAAAACUGAUUAUUCUGACAGUCUCUUUUGUUCCUAUUCUUGCUCCAGUCUCUUGUUCCUUUUAUCUCUGCUGUUUGUUGCUGCUAAAUGUGUGUUUCGCUGUGUACAGUGUCCCUGCCUCAGUCAUGAAUGUAUCCACGUCAGCUACAAUCAUGCAUCGCCUCUACUUUAACACUUGGGGGAGCCAGAGGUAAGAGAAAAAUCUGCUCAUGUUUGUAUAGAGCUGCUGCCUGUUGAUCGUUUCACAGGCAAAGCACGAAUGGGGGGUU